CAGUCAGAGUCCCUGGAAGUUCAAGUGAGGAGAUGAACUACUGUGAGCUGAUAACUGUAAAAAAUGUGGUAACUGCAGCUACAGGGGCUGGAGCCAUCUAUCUUUUGGGCAAGACUCUCUUAGAAGCAUUCAGAAGUCCUUCAUUCAAGUCAGAGCCAAGACAUUUGUCCAGAUUUUCUGUUAAGUAUCGCUCGGAUCCAUUUGCAAGAGCAAGUGUUCCUGGAGAACUCAGAAGGACCCUACAGUCUCUCACACCAAACCUCGAUGGCUCCUCCAAAAAGGCGGCACUUCACACCAUCAUCCAGUGCAUCUUUCUAAAGGAAUCAGAGGCAAGUUCUUGUAGCUAUGAUGAUAUAAAAUUAGUGGCAUCAUUCCUGGAUGACCCAGAUAAUGCCGUCAAAACUGAGGCUUUAAAUGCUCUCAAAGCUUUUACAAGUAUUUGGAAGUUUAAAAUCAAAAUCCAGGAAUAUAUCCCCAAGAUCACUGAGCUAGUAGUCAGGAACAGGGAUGGCAACCUGCAGGCUGCUGGACUGCGGCUGAUGAAUGGAUUGGACAUAUCAAAUCGCGCUUACAUAAUCCUGAAGAGGCUGCUACCAGACUUCAUGGAUAUCCUGCUAAUGGCAGACACUUCAGCUAAGGUGCAGGUUCUCAAGCUUCUUAGCACAAUGGCCCAAAAGGAAGAUCUGCUGUAUGACAUCCUGAACAGCCAGGCAAAGCCUGAAUUUUUGAGCCUCUUCCAGCCUUCUUUGCCUGAGAACCUGCUUUAUGAGAUGUUAGUCUUUGUGGAGCAGCUAAAUGAGAGGCGUCUGGCCCCAGAGUACCAGUCAAUUCACUGGCAGUAUAACAAUCUCUCCCUUCACAACAUCAUCUUUGGUGAGAAUUCCCGUCUUUCUGACCGCCUGAUUGCUCUCAUCAUCCACCCAGAGGAAGAGGUGCAGGUGCAGGCCUGCAAAGUUGUUUUCAGCCUCCAUCUCAACAAGGAGGAGAGCAAGGUCAUCGGCAGCAUCUCCCUUGGUGCUGACAUCAGUAUCCACCCCAUUGACUCUGCACUCUGCAACCCACCAUUUAGUCCAAUCAUCACUUCCUCUCCCACCAUUAACAAUGUCAUCUUUGAUGUCCCCAUUGUUGAUGUCCCCAGUGGUGGCCACCUGUCUGAUGAUGCUGGCCAAAAUGUUCAACCCUCUCCUGCCACUAGCAAUGUCAUUGUUGAUGCCCCCAGUGGUGGCCACCCACCUGAUGAUGCUGGCCAAAACAUUCAACCCUCUCCUGCCACUAGCAAUGCCAUUGUUGAUGCCCCCAGUGGUGGCCACCCACCUGAUGAUGCUGGCCAAAAUGUUCAACCCUCUCCUGCCACUAGCAAUGUCAUUGUUGAUGCCCCCAGUGGUGGCCACCCACCUGAUGAUGCUGGCCAAAACGUUCAACCCUCUCCUGCCGCUAGCAAUGUCAUUGUUGAUGCCCCCAGUGGUGGUCUCCCACCUGAUGAUGCUAGCCAAAACUUUCAACCCCUUCAAGUCACUAAUGACACUAGCCAAACUUUCCAGCCCCUUCAGAGCACUGGAGACAAUGUCCAGGCCGUUAAUAGCAGCAGUGUCAGCAGCCACACUGUUGACAACACUAUUAACAGUAGCCCUGUCCUUGCUGAGCCCACGGAUGCCUUCCAACCCAUUGCAACUGCUUACUCAGAUGAAGACAGUGACAAUACAUAGAAGAAAAGGAGACUAAUAAAUGAAUUGGAGAAGAGACAACAAAA